UGUUUUUGUUGCGAAAAACCAUUCAUUGAUUUCAUCGCUAAUUAUCACCGCUUAAGACCCAUUCCUCCGGAGCGAGCGAUGGCUACCAAGUGGUCGAUCGACGAGACACUGGCCGACGAGUACGAGCGCCGGCUGUCGGAGAUAACCGGCGACCGGUUCGCCAGCUUAAGACAGAUCCACCGCCACCUCAACGCCAACAACUCGACCGACGAUCAGCUGAUCCACAGAGUGGUCAACGUUUACGGUGUGGUCGAUGCGGUCAACACGUACUUCGAGAUGCAUAAGAAGGUUCAGGUGUGGGACCCGACGGUGUCAGCGGCGGUCACGUUCAUCAUCAACAACAUCAACACCAAUAUAGUCAUCAAAAACAUCAUAAGACUAACCAAUGUGUCGAUUGUCACCUCAUCGGCCGGAAAGAUGUUUGCAGUGAAUGAACACAAAAACUUCGCCCAAUUCUUCGCCUUUACCUACGAUUACGAGUCGACGGACGCCAACCAA